UCGUCCUGAUGGGCAAUCACUUCAAGAACUCCUUCACAAACACUUACGUAAUUAAAUGGUCGCUGUGGUACGCGUUAUCUACUUGCGGUUUCAUCCAGGUGCAAACUUACAUACAGCCAUUGUGGCAAGUAAUAGUAAACGAUUCUUCGACGCCGAUAUACAACGGAGCUGUCGAAGCCGUUCUGACCGUUUUCGGGUUUUUGGGAGCUCUAUUGGCAGGUGUCUUCAAAGCCGAUUGGAGGGUAAAAGGUGAACUCACCCUAACUAUCUGCUCCUUGCUGCAGGGUUUUGUGUUACUGUAUGCGGCGAGGACACUCAACGUAAAGCAUUGCUAUAUAUGUUACAUAGCUUUCGGAGCUCUGUACCAUUUUAUGAUAACCGUUGCUAGCAGCGAGGUGGCAAAAUAUAUUCGAGACGAAAGUUACGGCCUGGUUUUCGGGGUUAACACCUUCGUGGCCCUGAUUUUCCAGUCUGUUUUGACAGCUGUGGUGGUGACUAAGAAAGUGGGCUUCGCUCUAGAGCCCAGGGAUCAGUAUUUCGUUUAUGGCGUCUUUCACGUUUGCAUAGCUGUUUGUUAUGUUUUCAUCGGUUUCUUUGUUUGGAUAGAGAGAUCUAAAGACUAUAGGAAAACCAGUAUUAUUAAUUGAGGGUUGAGUAUUCAACAACAGUAGACCACAAAAAAGUUAAAAAUCAGGUAGUUAUAGCUGAUUUAGAGUGUAUUAGAGAUUUUUGCCAACUCCUUAUGGUCUUUUACAAAGUUCUAGCAGCAUCACGUUGCUCAGAUCGAUGGCGAAAAAUUCGCCAUCUAAGGUUUGACAAAACAUAUCAGUAUAACUAAUUGUUAGUUGAAACUUCAGUCUCAACAGUAAACUUGGGGUGUAAAUAGUAAACUUGGGGUCAGUGUAUGAAGACGAGAAAGAGUAUCUGAGCUUGGAGCUCCCUCCAAGGACAUAGUAUCGAGCGACGUUUCACCACAACUGCAGUGGACAUUUUCAGCCGCAAUGUUGUAGUUUUGACAGGCAGUGUAAGAGGGAUUAAAUGGGUUCCUCCUCAACCUUGUGUACUGCCUUAAACUGUGCAAGCUGAGAAUUAACAAGGUCUUACCUUUCAACGUGUGACUCCUUGCACGACUUGUACGCAGUGAUGGGUCCAUUGACUGAGUAUACAUAAUUAUUUAUAAAUGGGAUAUGCUUGGGUGGUGUGCUAUGAUUGUCUCACAGAUUUUCUGUAUUUUGAUUGACUCUGGUUCCAGUAUUGAGGUUGUGUUUUGUUGACACUCAGGUUAAGUUGAUAAUGUCAAAAGUUAUUCGCUAUCUCCGCUCGAUGUAUUGUGAUAGAGGAGAGAUAAAGCAAAUAACUUUUGGCGGCAAAGACAGAUCUGAAAUAAGAUUAGAACAAAAAAAGUUACACCUUAAGUUACACCAUUCUCUGUGACUCGAAACUUGAAAAAUGCUUUCAUUUUUGUACUUUUCAAAAAUGGAAACCAAUAUUUGUCCUUACGCAAUUCUUGUUCUCUUAGAAAUACUUUAAUUUUUGCAUAUUAUUCAAAUUGAAUUUAAUAUCAGUAUUCGGUAAAAUUUUGUUUCUCUG